GCCAUUCGCCUGUGUCCAUCCAUCGCCACCUUCUGGACCAACCGCGCUCUGUGCCACCGGAAGCGAGGCGACUGGCUACUGGUGGAGCAUGACUGUGUGCGGGCGAUCGAACACGACAAGAAGUCUGUCAAGGCACACUUCUACCUGGGAACGGCCCUCACAGAGCUCGCUCGCUACCCCGAGGCUGCUCAUGUGCUCGAAAGGGCGGUCGAGAUCAUACGAGAUGACGAGGUGCUGGGCAGCAGAAGAGGGAACUUGAAUGACGUCUGGAACGCCAUGGCCACUGCCAGGUACCGGCAGUGGGAGGUGGAAUCGUCGAUGCGAAAGAGGAAGCAGCAGCAGCUGAG